CACCAGACCAAACUUGUUUUUUUGGCAACCAGGCAGAAGUGGCUUACAUCUUCUGCCAUGUUUUUUCCCACUUCCCAAACCAGUUUCUACUCCUGGUGGCCUCUCAAUCGAGCAUUAACCAAGUUGGGCCCUACUUCACCUUUUUUCAAGGUAAGCCAAGGAUGGGGCCAUCUAUCCAGGCCUGAAAGUUGAGUCAAACUUGACUCCUGUAUACUUUUCGUGGCAAGAACACAGAAGCGGUUGGUCGCCGCCUUUUUCCAGCACCGAGAUCUCUGUGUGGUCCCCCAUCCGAGUCCUAACCCGCCCUCGCCCUGCUGAGAACGGUGGAGCUCAGCCAAGGUUGCCGCGUUUCAUCUCUCGGCAUGGUUCAAAGAUCUGGAGGCCAAAGAUCUUUGCUGCGGGCGCCGCCCGGUCAGAAAUCAGUGAUUUAUUCGGGCAGGUGGAUCGUUGCAGUUUCAUUCUGAUCCUGAAGCAGGGAAGCGAAGCUGAACUCACCCUACAAAGGACGGCAUUUUGAAAUCCGGCCAACGGAUCAGGAGGAUUUACCCGUGUAAACCACGCUUAAAGCUCAGCAGACUCUGCAAUCGCAUGCCCUCCAUCCUUCAGUGCUGCAGAGCGUUCCUCGUGUUCACACAACAUGCUUGACUCAGCCAGCUGCAAAACUAAUGGCCGCACUUGCUCGUGCUAAACGUGACCAAGUCCUGGAAGACGUUCUUCACGAUGGUGCACUGGUCCUUGCGGCGACGCAGCUCCUGGGUGCAGCUGGCCGGGCACGAAGGAAACUUCAAACCCAGCGAAGGGGGGCAGAUCCUGAAGAGGUUCAGCACCGUGGAAGAGGCGUGCCUGGCUGAGCUGAUGACGGACGUCCUGCGCCCCUUUGUGCCCGCCUACCACGGGGUGGUGGAGGUGGGUGGUGAGCGCUACAUCCAGAUGGACGAUCUUCUCCGCGGCCUUCAGAACCCCAGCAUCAUGGACUGCAAGAUGGGCACCAGGACGUACCUGGAGGACGAGGUGUGCAAGGGCCAGCCGUGGCCGGCCCCCCGGCGGGACCUGUACCAGAAGAUGGUGAAGAUCGACCCCUGGGCCCCCACGGCGGAGGAGCGCCGCCAGGGCGCCAUCACCAAGCCGCGCUACAUGCACUGGAGGGAAAACAUCAGCUCCAGCGCUUCCCUGGGGUUCCGGAUCGAGGGGAUCACGAUCGAGGGGGGAGCCGUGCAGCGAGACUUCAAGCAGACGCGGAGCCAGGAUCAGAUCGUCGAGAUUUUUCUGCAGUUUGUGAAGAACCGCGUGGAUGUUCUGGUGAGCUCUCGGGGAAGGAAGAGAGGCACAAUCGCUGGCUCAGAGGCGGGGCCGCGCUUUGGAUCAGUGGCCGAGUCAACGUGUGCGUGGGGGGGUUAUUUUUAUUUUUUGCUAUUCUGUGGCUGUCUGCCCAGCCCAGUGAAGUCCAGAGUUCGGCCACCAAAAAGAAAUAAUCUCUUGGCUUACUCUGUUUCUAGGUUUGUACAAUAUUUGGAACCGUCCGUGAACCCUGAUGACCUUGCUGUGAACAUCAGAUUAAGCCACAAAGAACUAGCCCUGGUUAAAAAUAAUCUAAGUUAGCACGCCGUGCGAAUGCCUCCGCUAGGCCUUUAAGGUGGUUCCGUCAACCCGGCCUAACCUGCGAGGUGUUUCAGCACCUGCCCACAAAGUUCAGCGUUUAACUUUCUUUGCGCCAAGUUAAAAGAAAGCGCUCAGUUGACGGUUACGGAAACGGAUUUGUCGCGUUCACACAACGUACUUUGGUCAUUUCAGGAUCUGGCGGCCACACUCAAACAGGCUAAGCUUAGGGUUCAUUUUGAUCAGUUUUUUUUUCCUCCUUGUGGCUUAGCCAACGGUACACGCUUGGUUAGUUUAUGAUGCAUUGUGUCAGUCUGCUCAGAAAACGUUGGCUAGUUCAGCAGCCGGGCUGUGGGGAUGCAACCCCAGAGAAAAUUCGGGCUCCUCGGUCCAUGCGCGCCAUUUCCCCUCAGCCUGGUGUCCUCAGAUUGACUGGGGCGAGUUCCAGUGGGCAUCGUUGUCCCGCCACUGGAAGACUCCACGUUGGAGAAAGCAGAUGCAGACUUUUGCUAGCUGGGGUGGGCGAGCCACGCUUCGAACUGAAAACCGGCAGGGGUGGCUUAUUCAGCCAACCACGGCUCUGCAAUUUCUGCAAAUACGCCCUCAGUCGUGGCCACCCAAGCCAUUGUUUUAAAGUCGCUCUUAUCUUUAUUUCAAUUUUUUUUCUUGGUGAGGCAUGCUUCUAGGAAGAGACAGGUUUGGGGGGAUCGGGCCCCCACCUCUCCCUCAUUUAAUGCUCGCCUUGCCUUGCAGAAGACCUACCUGGCACGCCUGGAGAAUCUGCGCCAAGCCUUGGCUGAGUCCAUCUUCUUCAAGAGGCAUGAGGUGAUUGCUGGGAACCCCC